AUGAACGCACAAAUACGAAACAUAGCGUUGCUUUUCGUCGUGAUGCAUCUGGUGAAUAAGCUUGAUCAAAAAGAUGAACGCGUUAUUCUGGGCGCACGAACAGCCUACGCAACUUUUCUGCUCACAGCGCUGCUGCUGAACGCUUUUGUACGAAGACUUGUCAUCAAGAAGGCAGAUGGUAGGCUGCUGGAGGUUCCGUUGAAGCCGACGUUGCAGAACCCGACUCCAGACCCGAAUGUGCGUCAACGGUUGACGGUACAAGAAUAUGACAUUUCGUUGUUGGACGCUACGCGCUCGCAGCUGUUCCUCCAGACGGCGUUGCUGGUUUUUCUUCACUGGAAGAUGGGCUCUGUUGCACCGCUCAUUCUUCAGGCUAUUAUGGGCUUUGUUCGACAGCUGGAUGACCCUCUCAUCAAGAUACAUCUUCUUGGGCAUCGUGAUACCGGUGCCCUGGAGCGGCCGUUCAAAUCGGAGCCGAACCCUCUCCUCAAGCUUCUAGGGCUCGACCCGAGUCGAAACCAGGCAUCAGCGAGACAAGGAUCUGACUCUCAUAUCGAUGACACCGCAGUUCAGAGCCGGAGUCAGCCUGGUGAGACGCAGCAUGUGACUCCCGUCGGCGACGUGGGCAACGUCAGCGACUCGAGCGCAGAUGAGGCAAUUGCCCAGGACAGUGCGAGCGAUGAUGAGCAAAAAUCCAUGCGAGGAAAGAAAGAUGACUGA